AUGGAGCUUUCUAUCGGACUUCUUGUUGAAAGCGCUCCAAAGCAGCAACGUUACAAUCGUGUGACGCACAUUCUCUUUGGUCUUGAUGCGAACGUGCAACUUUGCCCAGACACGCGCCGUCGGUUUUUGUCGGCUGCAGUGGAGUACCUUACGAGUGGCUUUAGUGUAUGUGAGAUUGAUCAGUUUCGUCGUUCCUGUGAGGAGCAUCCUGAUUGGCCUGCGGAGGAUUGUGUGAUUUCUGCAGCGCAAGAAGCUUCGGUAUGUGCACGUGCAGAAGCUGUCUUGCAGUCUGCCGCAUCGUGCGUGGAAUUGCCAUUUAUCGAGGAUGUUGUUGGUGAAUCGCAUCAAACUCCUUUGGUGACAAUGAAACGAGGCCGUUUAGAAUCGAAAGAACUACGUGAAGUACGUGAUCAGAUGCGGGUGGUGGAAGCUUACGCGGAUCUGCGUGACUACGGGGCAAUGAGUAAGGCCAUGAGUCGUCUUUCAGUAUUGGCCUCAUCCCUGCAUCAAGCAAGUGUUAUUUUGAAUCGGGUGGAAUCCGUCCUUGUUCAGUUGGAGGUUAUCCGGCGCAGCGUGGAGCUUUGGCUGGGUGCAGGUAAUCUGGAGGCGGUCCGGGGCCUUGUUGGGACCGCUACAGCCACCCUUAUGACACAAGCUGCGGAGUACCUCUUGCAGGUACAGGGUUGUGGUCCAUCGCCUUUGGCACCACAGCAGCGAAGCGUGGAGAAUAUGAUUUCUGAAAUGGAGGAGUACAUGCUUUUUUUCUCAAUUGCGCGAAGUUUAUGUAUGUUUGUGGAUCAAAAUUUUUACGGUUUUGCUUGCGUCUUCACAGAGAAAGGCCUACGAGUCGCGGGGUGGUCCCCUGCCGUUGAGGAGUUCAACAAAAAAAGGAAUCAUUUGCAAGUUGCCGCGUCUAUCGGCGGUGCCGUUAACGCCCUUGGGCCCUUCUCGGGAGGUCACAAUCUGCGACAACUUGUCGAGGCGUCGAUUACUUCAGGGCCACAGUUGGGGGUGAUGGUGUUAUUUUCUGCCAUUGCGGCGUUGCCACGCGCGGAGGCACUCGAGUUGGUUACCCGAAUGGACAUUAUGUCUCUUUGGGAGGAUGUGCCUGACGCCAGUGCACUCGUUCAGGCCUUACAACUAGCCAAAUGGGGAGUAUUUUUCGAUGUUGCCUCCGUGCUGAACUUUUCAUUUUUAAAAACCGAUAUUUUUGCUUGCAAGCAUAGUGAGGUUCUCCACCGUUUGGUCGUACAGUCAGUCGUCUUGGGAUACGCCAAUGCGUUUUUACGUCUUGACAUGAGGAAGGCGGCGGUUCAGUUGUCUAUCCCACUUGGAGAAUUACAAGAGGUCUUGCGUGAGCUUAUUCUAGAAGGGCGUCUUCAGGCGAGGAUGGAUCUCGUGUCUUUGGUGUUAACAAGUGUCAAGUUCAAUAGGGACAUCGACAGCUAUUCUCCACACUCCUUAGCUCUUUUGGACUGUAUUCGUCGGAGCGACAUGGCUAUGACAGAUAUUGAGCAGUCGCUUCGUCUUUUGUCAAUGCAUCGAAAUCAUGCGUGGCAUUGA